UUUUCUUCAAAUAAGCAAACUAAGAUUAGGUGGGAUCAGGUACCAUAAUCAAAGGUUCUCAGGCACAUUUUUCUUCAAAACUAUUAUAAAGUUCAACCCUCGCUGAAUGUAGUUCUCUCAACAAUGAUUUUGAAGUGAAAAGACAGGCAACACAUAAGUAUCUCUACUUUCACUUGGUAUCCUCCCAUCUGUGUCGCAGUUCUCUCUUCCACAACCCUCUCAAGUCUCAAUCCCAUAAUCUACAAAGAACCCAUCAAGCCAUCUAUUCCCUUCUCCCUCCGUCUGCUUCACUCAAAUCAAUCCUCCUCCUGUGUCUUGAAAGAAACUAGAAAAUAUCCAACCUCUCUCGCCUUCAAUCUCUUCACUCGGGUUGUCAUCAAUUAUCAUAAGGUGUUGGUCGAUCUGACGAAGAAAGAAAUUGUUUGCAUUGAUGAUUUUCAAUGAAGGUGAUAAUUGUCAUUCAAAGUCUCAAAAACUGUUCACCACCCCUUCCCUUAUCCUAGUGACCCAACAAGAUACUUUUUUGAUGGUCUUUUUAUCAGCUGGUUAGAAUCCUAACAGACGGGCAAUAACUCAAAAAAAAAAAAAAAAAAAAAAAUCCCAUCUUUCUCUUUACAUAACUCAAAGCAGAGAUCUGCAAGUGUUUUUCCUUGGCUUCUCUCUGUUCACACAUGAAGUCCAGCCUCUAGGGUCUUAUCCAAGAUCAGAAGAAGCUGAAACCAACAAGACAAGCUACUUAAUUUGUUGAAUACACGAGUUAUAUGAAGUCCCUUCUUUCCGUCUCCUUUGUCGUUCGGUUCGCUGCUGAGAAGCCGUGGAGCAACGAAAUCUCAAGCCCAUUUACAGAACUUUUCUGAAAUCAAGAGGGUGGGUGCAAGAAUUUUGUGAAUUACCCUGUUUGUUAGUUUUUCAGUGCAGAACCCGUAUUGAAUUGAGCAAUGGUGACAAAUCUUCAUCAUCGCCUACACCGUCUACUACUCGACUCAGAAUCGAGCGCGCCGCCGUCUAACGGAAGUAGGAAUGAACGCGGUUACGCUAGCGAGGCAAACUUCGAUACCAACAUGGUGAUAAUCCUAGCAGCCUUGCUCUGUGCAUUAAUAGGCGCACUGGGGCUAAAUUCAAUUGUGCGUUGCGCUCUAAGAUGCAGCCGUAGGUUUGCUUUUGAAACACCGGAUGAGGCCGCUACUCGUCUAGCCGCCACGGGCCUUAAAAAGAGCGCAUUGCGUCGGAUCCCAGUCGCAGUAUAUGGGUCGCCGUCGGUUCUAAAUAUUCCGGCCACAGAUUGUCCCAUUUGCCUUGGUGAAUUUGAAGAUGGUGAGAAAGUUAGAGUGCUGCCAAAAUGCAACCACGGCUUCCAUCUAAGGUGCAUAGACCCAUGGUUAGCGUCACACUCAUCAUGUCCAACUUGCCGGCAGUCGUUGCUAGACCAACCGACGAGUUCUGACGCCGGGGAUGCUGAUGCUGGAAUCCGGAAUCAUGCAAAUCCAAUACCAGAGGGACAAGGGGAUGUGGCAAUAGCUGUGGAUCAUCAUGACUUCAUUGGGUAAGUUAAAUCUUGAACUGCAAAGAUUCCCCCCACUUCUCCUUCUUUCUUUCUUUUUUCUUUUCUUUAUAUAUAUAUAUAUAUAUAUAUAUCUUAGUAUUUUCUUUUCAUGCUGCUGGCUUGGUCAUGUAAUUAUGCAUAGAGAGAUCAGAGUGAGAGACACCUUUGCUAGUUGCAAUGUCAGUGCUUAUAUGGAGGUUUCUGAGGCGAUACUGUGUAUGUACAUGAUUAGUCUGAUAAUUAAAGAAAUUAGUAUUGGAAAGUUUGUUUA